UCAGUUUCGUUUCGAGUUUCCUCACCGUCUUUUGUCUCACUCAAUCUCACAGAAGCCUCCUGAUUAGUCCACUCCUCAACACCCCCGGCGUGCCGUUUGUGUUGUCCACGACCUUGUGUUUUUGAGUUCCGAGAGAGAGUGCUGUACCUUUGUUAGUGUCUUCGAAAGUGUGUUCGUACGUUUAUAAUUUACCCUUUGUUCCUUUUAGCCCCUACACUCGGUGUAGAGCUUUCCGUUUUAUCCACGGCAAGGAACAAGACGAUAAGCAAAACUACUCAUGGGUGGGUCUAUUCUCCGAUCAGGAUCAGUCCUGUUGAAUAACACAAGCAACUUGUAGUCCCAGGACCAUCUGCAUGAGGAGCAAACCCUAUCCUCUGCCUCUUCCAAAGUGUCAGUCCAGUCAGCGGCCAUGUCCUCCUCUACCCUGCAAGUCUCGAAGGAGCAGUUCCAGUGCUCCAUCUGUCUGGAGGUCUUCACCGACCCUGUGUCCACCUCCUGCGGUCACAACUUCUGCCAGGCCUGCAUCAAUGGCUACUGGAACGUCAACACUGUUUACCAGUGUCCAUUAUGCAUGGAGACCUUCAUCAAGAGACCUGAGCUCCGAGUCAACACGGCAUUCAGAGACAUGGUUGACAGGUUUACUGUUCAUGAGGUGUGUUGUGAAGACAUCCAACUGUCUCUGGGAGACAUGGCAGUUGACCUCUCAACAGAUGGAUUUCAAAAAAGCAUUGAACAAUUCAAAAACCUAGUCGAUGAGAGGAUCAACAAACUAAACACGAUUGCAAAUCAGCUUCUGAAAACAGCAGAGGACUUUCAAGAUGUCCACUGCAGUAACACAGCUGGCAGUCAGCGUGGCAGAGUUACAGGGAAAGUAGGAGGGAUCACAGCUUUAACAGGGUUAGCCUUGGCCUUUUCUCCUGUUUCUUUCGGCGGAUCUCUGAUUGUGGCUGGAGUGGGGUUAGUAGUAACUGGUGGAGUCGUUGGUGCCAUCUUUCAUAAGAAAAGUACCAAACACAGGUCGGAGGUCAAAGAAAGCAUUGAGAAACUUGUGGCUACAUUUCAAACCUUGAUUGAACCAAUUCAGAAGAAAGUUAAAGUGAUCAAACAAGGUCUUGUUGAAUUAAACAGGUUAAAAAAGUUUUUAACCAAGAUCGACAAACUCAAACUCUUAAGAGCUGGUACAAGUGGAACACUAUGGCUGGUCAAUAGUGUCGACAAUAAGGGCAUUCUCGCGAACGUAGACAGCUUAUCAAAAAAGUCUUCCAGUUCAAUUCACAAUAUUUGUUCAGCGUUACGACGUCGAGCUAACAGUAGUGUUAGCUUGAUCCUUCAAACUAACACUGAAAUAAAAAUGUUCAUGAAGUCCAUUAAAGUCACAGCCAGUAGUUACAAGAAAGCUGUCAGUGAGCUUAGAGAACUGAGGACGGCAUUUGAUCAAAUGUAGACGUUAAUUGUUAUGGAUGAUCCGAGAUCACAUGCCAAAAUGAGGAGGGAUGAAGUGAUAUGUGACACGGGUAGUAGUAUCACAAGUAUGUGUAAGAUUAAUUUGAUACCUUUUUGAUAUGAAAGAAAACAAGUAAAAAUAUCUCUGAAAUGCAGAUGAAGUAAAAUAUUAAAGAUUAUAACUAAAGGGUUCUUCAGAGAGUUCUAUGUUGUACAGUUUUGCUUUAUUAUAAAUAGGGACUUGCAGUACCCAAAUGCUGAAAUGCUUGAAACCAUGCAUGCAUAUACCGCUAUCUACACCCUGAAAUGUAUACGCAUGUGACAUUUGUGUGUGAUUUUUAUCAUCUUUUUUUAAACAUAUUAUUGUACUACUGUGAUUAGUUUUUUUUAUAUUCUGUAUCAUUUGUAAGGAAGUAAUUGUACAUGGAUGUACACUUGAUACGUUUUCACUUAACAAAGCACAUUUAUCUCAACGUGCCCAAGACCACGUUCCUGGGUCACUCAUCUCAUUUCAGACAUUUGUUUUAUCUCAGAUUUCUAUGUAUUUGGAGAAUGUUGUUUUCAUAAAGACCACCUAAAUAUGUCAUGUUCAUGUUG